GAGCCAGUAACCCGCGCCCGCCUGCCCGCCUGCCUCGCUACCCCGCUCGGUCCCCGCAGGCGCCACCAUGUGCGGCAUCUUCGCUUACCUGAACUACCAUGUUCCCCGGACAAGACGGGAGAUCCUGGAGACACUUAUUAAGGGACUUCAGAGACUGGAAUACAGAGGAUACGAUUCUGCUGGAGUUGGAAUUGAUGGAGGUAAUGAUAAAGACUGGGAGGCCAAUGCUGGCAAAAUUACACUCAUCAAAAAAAAGGGAAAAGUGAAGGCUUUGGAUGAAGAAGUGAACAAGCAACAGGAUAUGGACCUGGACAUUGAAUUUGAUGUGCAUCUUGGAAUUGCCCAUACCCGAUGGGCCACCCAUGGGGAGCCCAACCCUGUCAACAGCCAUCCACAGCGUUCAGAUAAAAACAAUGAAUUUAUUGUUAUCCACAAUGGCAUUAUCACAAACUACAAAGAUCUGAAAAAAUUCUUGGAAAGCAAAGGGUAUGAAUUUGAGUCUGAGACUGAUACCGAAACAAUUGCUAAGCUUGUCAAGUACAUGUAUGACAACCGUGAAAGUGAUGAUAUCACCUUCACCACUUUGGUAGAAAGAGUCAUCCAGCAACUGGAAGGUGCCUUCGCCCUUGUUUUCAAAAGUGUUCACUAUUGUGGUCAAGCAGUUGGCACAAGGAGGGGAAGCCCCCUGCUCAUUGGAGUACGAAGUGAACACAAGCUUUCUACUGACCACAUUCCAAUACUGUACAGAACAGCCACACAACCUAUGGAUCAUUCUUUUGAUGGAAUAUCCAUAAAACUGGAGGAAGGCAAGGACAAGAAGGGGAGUUGCAGCCUCUCCCGCGUGGACAGCACCACUUGCCUCUUCCCGGUCGAAGAGAAAGCCGUGGAGUACUACUUCGCCUCUGAUGCUAGCGCAGUUAUUGAACACACCAACAGAGUGAUUUUUCUUGAGGAUGAUGAUGUGGCAGCUGUCGUGGACGGCCGCCUCUCCAUUCAUCGAAUCAAGCGCACAGCUGCCGAUCACCCCAGCCGUGCAGUGCAGACCCUGCAGAUGGAACUUCAGCAGAUCAUGAAGGGUAACUUCAGUUCAUUCAUGCAAAAGGAAAUUUUUGAACAACCGGAAUCUGUCGUUAACACCAUGAGAGGAAGAGUCAACUUUGAUGAUUACACUGUUAAUCUUGGGGGCUUGAAAGAUCACAUUAAGGAGAUCCAGCGAUGUCGGCGUCUUAUCCUUAUUGCUUGUGGGACAAGCUACCAUGCUGGAGUUGCCACACGCCAAGUGCUUGAAGAACUGACUGAACUGCCUGUCAUGGUAGAACUAGCCAGCGACUUCAUGGACAGAAAUACUCCAGUCUUCCGAGAUGACGUGUGCUUUUUCAUCAGCCAGUCAGGUGAGACCGCAGACACCCUCAUGGCCCUUCGGUACUGUAAGGAGAGAGGAGCCCUCACCGUGGGAAUCACAAAUACUGUGGGUAGCUCUAUAUCACGGGAGACAGACUGCGGGGUGCAUAUCAACGCUGGGCCAGAGAUUGGGGUGGCCAGCACAAAGGCCUACACAAGCCAGUUUGUUUCACUAGUGAUGUUUGCGCUCAUGAUGUGUGAUGAUAGGAUUUCGAUGCAGGAAAGACGAAAAGAAAUAAUGCGAGGGCUCAGGUUAUUGCCAGACUUAAUUAAAGAAGUGCUGAGCAUGGAUGAUGAGAUCCAGAAACUGGCCACAGAGCUUUACCACCAGAAGUCAGUCCUCAUUAUGGGCCGCGGCUACCACUAUGCAACGUGCCUGGAAGGUGCUCUGAAAAUCAAGGAGAUCACUUACAUGCACUCGGAAGGCAUUCUGGCUGGUGAGCUGAAGCAUGGGCCCCUGGCGCUGGUGGAUAAACUGAUGCCUGUCAUCAUGAUCAUCAUGCGGGACAACACCUAUGCCAAGUGCCAGAAUGCACUACAGCAAGUGAUGGCCCGGCAGGGGCGACCUGUUGUGAUUUGUGGUAAGGAAGAUACUGAGACCAUCAAAAACAAUAAGCGCACCAUCAAAGUCCCCCACUCGGUUGACUGCCUGCAGGGGAUCCUGAGCGUUAUCCCUUUACAGCUCCUGGCAUUCCACCUUGCAGUCCUCAGGGGCUACGAUGUUGACUUUCCGAGAAAUCUGGCCAAAUCUGUUACAGUUGAGUAGGAUACUCUGUCAUUAAUAUUUUGGCAGAUAUCAACAAGAGACUCUCCCCUUCUUUUGGUACUGGAAGUUGUUGAUUUUAAAAGUCCUCCCUUGAUCAAAUCUGAUUCCUUAUAUACAAGAGUCUUUAUAUUUCUGUUGCAUUUGUGACACGGGCUGUGCCAACAGCAUUGUUAAUUGACUAUCAUUUAAAAGUACACUUUUUUCUCAAAAUAAUCAUCAGCGUUAUCUGUUGUCUAGCUUAAUUGUUUCAGGCUUCCUUAGUGCUAUUUUGCAUCACUUUCUAACUAUCUGUAGGCCAUUCAGGCUGCUAAGAUCUUUCAAGAAACUUAAUGGGAAAGGAGGUGGCUACCGACGCCUGUGCUUUCGCAGAGGAAACAGCCCUUGCCCAUUCACUGUUGCCAGAAGGUGGGAUCCACAUAGAAUGGAUUGGUUUGAAGGGGCCUGUUGUACAGUGGGGUUCCUGCAGUCAUCCAAGCAAUCAGCAUGUGUGCAAUUUGCAAGACAAAGCACUGUGGUCUUGCCCCUUUCAUCCAGCUCAGGUCUGUGUGGGUCCCGUUUUAGAGACUGAUACCACUCUUAUAAAAAUACAGUGGGUAAAAAAAGAAAGCGCUCUCCUUGGUUGAUCCUGCAGAGUCUAGACUUGAGAUGAAAGGCCAAUUCUUUGAUGUGGUAAAGUCACUAUAGUGUGGCUUCACCGAGUCACUUUCCUAUGCGGAAGUACGAUCAGGCCUUACCCAGACAGGGCAAACUUUGGUUUCCAAGGAGCCUCUUUCACAACAUAGUAAAGGCAGAAGUCACCAUGCCAAGGCACGGUCAAAAGAGCAAAGUAAAGUGACUUUACUAUGUUUAAAAGGAAUAUAAGCAGUGCUGGGUUUAUACAUAUUAAAGGAAGAAUGUUGGGGGACCCCUUCAGCUGUCCAGUGGAUUUGUGUGGGUGAGAGAGGGCAGAAAUGGAGUUCGGUACUGAAGAGUUGUCCCCAAAGUUAUUUCAAGCAUCUUGCCUGCAGAACCUGAGCAGUGGAUUUAAGUCCCCCAUUUUAUAUGGAGCACAGCUCUUCAGUUAAUUCUCCUGCCUCCCCAAAUUUAUGAAUGUGUAGUAGGGUCAGUGGAUUCCAGUGAGAAAAAUGGAGUAGGAACAAACAUCCUGCCCUACAUCCCUGUAAACAGUGAUGGAGACCAAGCUGUCGUUUCCCAUCAUCUGUGAAGUAGGAGAGGUGGUUAUCAUGGAGGCAGGUGAUGAAAGGUAGCACUGGGUUCAAAAGAGGGAGACGGAGGUCAGUGUGUCUGUCUGUCUGAACGUACUUUAUGUGAAGCACUCCUUCCCUCUUGGCAAUUGUGUGUAUGUGAGGGUGGGGUGGGGGGUGGGUGCAGACAGGGGCAAAAGUCUUUGUCCACUACAUAAAAAGGGUUGUAUUCCUGCGUUGCCAGCCACCGAGGGCAAUGUUCCCUGGGAGCCAGCAGCAUAGGCGGAUGGUUGGCGUGCUGCCCUGCUUGUGUUGACAACGUAGAGAUGUGUUCCUUCCCUCCACACACCAGUUACUUCAGGGAAUCUAUGCAGCCAAACAUGGCUACGUGGUGAUGGGAUUAGUAGCAGCUAAGAGGGAAAAGUCCUUAAAAAACAAGAUGUGGGGGGGCACCAAAGCAGCAGCAUAGUGGUUGUGUAGACAGACGCAAAGGGCGAGUGGGUGGGUUUUGUUCCCGCAACAGUGUAUACUUUUUGCCCUGAGCACAUUCAGGGGCAGAAAUGCGGAGCAGGUCAUUACAUUAACUGUUUAUUGAAGUGCUCCUCUUAAAAGUGCCCCCCUCUUCCUUGAUAAAGAUUGCAGGCGGUGCAUUUAAUAGUUAACUGUGAUUAGAGUUGUCCCAGUUUUCAAGACGGACAUUUCUCACCUGCUGCUGUGUAUAGAGUUGUCUUUCCUGAUAUGAAGAAGAAAACGGUCUGCAAGCUUUGAGUGGGUUUGGCCAGUUGAUGGAGGAAGCAGAGCCUGAAGUGCAAGAUCCGUGUGCUAUCUGUCCCCCUUGCUUCUCCUGUUGUCUGAAGCUGCUAGAGUCUCUUUCUUAAUUCAGGCAGUAGAAAGCAAGCUAGUCUUAGGCCUUAGCUAGACCUAAGGUUUAUCCCGGGAUCGUCCCGGGGUCAUCCCUGUUCAUGUAAAUGACACACAGGGGAUCCCGGGAGCAAGCAGGGACGAGCUAAGGCCUCACUCUUCUCUAGCUUUGCAUAGACUCAUUUUUAGAAAAAGAAUAGCCACAUUCUUUCUAGUAUUAUGCUUAUAAUAGAAGGACCAAAGGUGAGCUAUAGCAGAGAGCUCCUAGGCCCAACUGGUGCACCAGGGCUGUACAGCUUUGAAAACCAUUGAUUGUGCAAAUAUGGCAGAAAUCUCGUUGUCCAAAUGAACCACCUCCCAACUUUACUGUGAUGGGGCGGGUGGAGGUGACACAAACAGGCUGUAAACACUGUCCUUGGGCAAGGCUGCUUUCACCGCUGUAUUUCAAGAACAGAACUCCUGAUUUUACAGAAACUUGCAUUUAUUUAUUUUACAAAAAAUGCAAAUACACCAACUUACAGAGCUGAAUUGAACAUCAGCUUGUUCUCCACAUGCUUCUUUAAAAAUUGGAUGAAGAAUUAAUGUACUAGUAGGGAAGCCACGUUAUGACGUGGACCCUUCCUCUCCAUUUCCCCAAUUUGUACAGUAAUGGGCAAAACAAGAGUCAAGUCAGGGUCCCUUCUGCAGUGCCUCAUUAACAAGGAAUCUGCUUUAAGGACAAUGGGAGGAGGCCCACGGUGUGUUUUGGGUUUAGAAAGUCUUGAACACGCAUGUUCAGCUUCUUUUGCACUCAACUUAAAAUUUUACCUGCCAUUUCAGUUAAGGAUUUAAAAUAGCCUAACAGUUGAACACUGGAUACUUGUGAAAUUUUGUAUUGUAAAGAAAAGCUAUCUUGCAAAAGUCUGUGUUAUGUAAUGUCAUGGUAUAGGUCCUUCCGUCCUUCCUUCUCCAUGGUUGUUGAAUAAUUAUCUGAACUGCCAAUAACAGAACAAUAGGGAAGAGACUCCGUUUGAAAUUAUGUAUGAUUUCAGGAGAAAGAUUCACUUGGUUUGGGCUCCUGUAAGUGUAUUAGAAGCACCAGUACAGAACUGAUGGGACCAUACGCAGUUCAGCAAGUUAUAUUGUAUAAGUGGCUGAAAGUGAUGCUAAUGGAUUGAAGUAUCUGAGCCAUCUUCCUGCAUCCCUUUCUAUGUGGGGUGCUCCUCUUGCUUUGAACGCCACAUCUCCAGGAGUCAGCAAGUCUGUUAACAGGGUGAACUCAUGGAACUCAACAAUCCACCAGUGUGGUCUUCAGUACUUCCAUAAUGGCCAACAUUCUUGACUACAAAUGGCCUUGUGUUUCCCCUGAGUCCUUCUAAAGAAGACUGACCUGGCUGACUGCUAGCCUCUACUUAAAGACAUCAAAGCAAAAUAUGCAUGUGUGCGUGCGUGCGUAAAACUGGAACACUUCAGCAAAUGUUAGCCCUUCCUUUCUCUGCUUUCUUUUGAAUGUACAUAUACAGCUUGUCUUGGUUUAAGGGACCAUUCUGUAGAAGUUUUGCUGUGUACUCCACACACUGUAGAAUUUUAUCAUUUAGGUUAUUUCCUAUUUUGUAUCUUGCUCUUUGAAUAAAAACAAGUCCCCAACCUUA